AUGUCGAAUUUUGGGCUCUCUCCAGAUACCGAGGGCUCUCGACCUAUCUACAAGGUCUAUAAGCGACGCUUCUGGGGGCUGGCCCAGCUGGUAUUGCUGAAUAUUGUCGUCAGUUGGGAUUGGUUGACCUUCUCGUCCAUCUCCACAACGGCCGCCGAGUACUUUGAUGUCUCGGAGAGCGCUAUUAAUUGGAUGAGCACUGGCUAUCUCUUCGCCUUCUGCGCUGUUAGCCCCGUCGUCAUCUGGAUCCUGAACAAAGGUGGCCCAAAACCAGCUAUAAUCACCACCGCCACACUCCUACUAGUCGGCAACUGGCUCAGAUAUGCCGGCACCAGAGCGAACGGCGGUAUAUUUGGGCUCGCAAUGUUCGGCCAGAUCCUAAUAGGGUUCGCGCAGCCCUUCUGCCUCUGCGCACCAACCCGAUACAGCGAGCUCUGGUUCUCAGACAAAGGCCGCACGAGCGCAACAGCCGUCGCCAGUCUCGCGAACCCACUCGGCGCAGCCCUAGGCCAGCUCAUCGACUCGGAGUGGGCGUCGCAACCCUCCGAAAUCCCAAAUAUGGUCCUAUACAUUUCGAUCAUUUCCACCGUUGCAUCAAUCCCAUCAUUUUUUCUCCCGGGAUCACCACCAACACCCGCAAGCGCAUCUUCCGAAAAGCCGUACGUGCCAUUAGGCGCAGAAGUGCGCAAACUAACCAGCACAUGGGAAUUUUGGCAGAUCUUUAUCCCGUUCUCUGUAUAUGUAGGAUUCUUCAAUAGCGUCUCCUCGCUGCUGAACCAAAUCCUCAGUCCGCACGGGUUCUCAGAAACAGAAGCAGGCAUUGCAGGAGCCAUUCUCAUCGUGGUGGGACUCGUCACGUCAGCAAUCGUGUCGCCAAUAACAGAUCGGUACAAGCACUACCUGGGCAGUAUUCGGGUGCUAGUACCUAUCAUGGCGGUCACGUAUAUCGGGCUGAUUUUCGCGCCGGGCAGUGCGGCGGGAAUCGCGCCUUCGUAUGUGGUUAUGGCUCUGCUGGGCGCGGCAUCGUUCUCAAUGCUGCCGAUUGCUCUAGAGUACCUUGCUGAGAUUACUUAUCCGCUCUCAUCGGAGAUUGGAAGUACCAUCUGCUGGACAGGUGGGCAGUUGCUUGGCGCGUGCUUUAUUCUUAUUCAGGAUGCGUUGAAGGCUGGGGCUGGGGCUGCGCCACCUUAUCAUAUGCGGAAUGCGUUGGUGUUUGCGGCUGUGGUUGCUGUUGUGGCUGCACCAUUUCCGUUGACGAUUGGGCUUUUUGGGAGGGUCGUUCAUCAUCGUAGAUUGAAUGUUGAUCGCGGUGUUGAGUUGCAGGAGGUUAGGGAAGCGGUUGGGACGGAUGAUAAUAUCAGGAAGGUUAGGUCUGAUGAAUCUGCUGUGGAUACUGAUACUUUGAUCAAGACCUGA